AUGUCCCAGAUCCGGACCCCUCCUACCCCCUUCACCCCGGAUAGCGAAUUCGCUGCCCUCGAAACGCCCCGAGUGCCUAGCGGGAACAUCUCCAUCACAGCCCUAGCCCGCUUCGAGUUCGAAGCCGGCAAGGCUAACGAUGGCACCAAGAUCCUUAUGAUCGAAUGGGAGGAUGACGAUCUCAGCAGAUCACCUUCGGGUUCCUGGCAUGUCUCGUGGGAAGGCAAGAAGGCCGUCAUCCCCGCCGACGAACAGACAAACGAAAGCACCCGGCGUUUCUACUUCCUGCUUCCUCCCAACGUCACCAUCCCCCCCGUCGUGACGCUGUCGUACGAACCUCCCCAGUCGACAACAACAGCUCUUGCUAUCCCCAACCGUUCCGACUCGCUACAACUCAACCCCCUCCCCGCCAUCUUCCCCCCAGAACUCGGCGCAACGGGGACGUCGGCGGGGAAAAAGGGCGUGUUGCACACGAUCUGGGCGAAGAAGCGGCUGCAGGUGCUUGAUAAGGAGAUCCGCGCGGAAUGUCUCAACAACGCCGAGGGAAUCGCGUUGCACAUGGCUCUGCAGGAGCAGGAAUGGAUCGAGACGAAUUUCGGCGUCGGAUCGAGGGCCGCCGAGGUGCAGAAUGAGGGUCAGGCUUCGUCUUCGCAUGGUUCGGCGUUUUACCCCAUGGGUCCUACCACGCCUGUGUCACCUAGUGGUGGAGGGAAACUCGGCGAGAAGCUUAGGGGUCUCAAGUUGCAGACGAGUGAACGGGAAUUGUCUGGACAGGAGGGUCGUCAUCUCCUCUCUCCCCAAUCUCCAGACGUCGCCGUCUCGUCCUUCAACUCGUUCCACACCAUCCACAAUCGCAAUGGAAAUGGCAGUUCCAAUCUCAACCCCAACACCAACCCCAGCCCCGCCCCCGAAUCACUCAAGACAGUCGCACACUACCCCCCAGAAUCUCUACAGGUUCAACAAAACGCCACAAACAGCGGCUUCACCCCGAUGAGCUCAAUCGCGCAAACCUCAAACUCCGACUCGGGCGAGGAAUUGUUCGCCAAGGCACUCAGCCCUCGUACCCCCGAUCUACCCCGGAGUCCGUUCUCGUUUGCGCCGGAGACUUUGUUUUGA